ACAUUUUCUUAGUUUUCUAAUUGGUUUUCUUUGAAUGUUAGUGCUGUGUAUGGUGGCGAAUCUCGUCUUCAUAUUAUAAAUAAAAUGUCUCGUCAAACUGGCCGCGUUUACUGCAAGUCCCUGCGUGGCAAAUCCAAAGAUGAGCUCACCAAGCAACUGGACACACUCAAGCAGGAGCUGGCUGGCCUCAGAGUGGCACAGGUCACAGGAGGCAUGCCAUCUAAGCUCUCCAAAAUCCGUGUUGUCCGUCGAUCCAUCGCUGCAGUCAACAUCGUCAUCAGGCAGACCAUCAAGGCAAACUUGAAGAAGUUUUACGAGAACAAGAAGUACAAGCCUCUAGACAUGCGUCUGAAGAAGACUCAUCAGAUCCGCAAGGCCCUGACGCGACACGAGCGUAAGAUCAAGAGCGCCAAGCAGCUCAGGAAAAUGAGGCUCCACCCCAAGAGACGCUACGCCAUUAAGGCUUAAAUAAACGGCGUCACCGUGA